AUGGCAAGUAAGCGUCGACUCUCUGCCCCGGUAGCACCAACACCUGCACCAUCGAGCACAGUUCUUUCUUCACCAGAGUCGAUUCUGGUAGACUCUACAUGUACCUCAUCGUCGUCCAAUGCUGUCCUCGACGCAAAGCUCUUGGACCGAGCCGAAAAACUCGCCCGCAUGACAAUGGAGCUCAAGAUCCACAAGGUUGUCAUGCAGGCCAACGACCUGGCCCGCGGGCUCGAAGACCUAACUCGCAAGACGGUGCACAACGAGUCCUUCCGCCAGCAAAACGAAGAACGCAUGGAGAAGGUCUGGCAGGACGUCCUGUCCGUCAAGGCGAACUUUGAGCAGCACCUGGACGCGAGGGCAAGAGACGAGCUCCAUCUGGGGGAGUGCCAAAGGGAGGUGGUGGAGGUGAAGAGCUCCAUGGGCGAGGUGAGGAAGCUGGUGGAGGAGCUGGCCAGCAAGGUAGACCAGCUGCCGACGUUGGCCGAGGCCAACGCCGUGCUGGCGGGCGUUUGCGCGCAGAGGGAGGCGUGCGAGAGUGCCGCCGCGGUUUGCCGGGAGCGCUGUGAAUUGGGGGUGCGGGCAGGGUGCUCUCACAAGCCGAUACAAACGCGCAUCCAGGAGGCGAUCAAGUCGACGCGGCGGUGGCACCACGAUCACAAGUCGACGGCGCUGCCUGACGCGGUGUUUACGGCGAAUUAUCUCAAGAAGCAGUCGAAGCGGGACCCGCGCAUGGCCGUGUAUCUGCAGAGGGCUAUUCACAAGCGCAUCAGGCGCCGGCGGCGGCGGGAAUCUGGCCCGCAGCCGCAGUCGCUCGAGGAGUUUUGCCAAGAUGUCAGCUGGGAGGAUGUGACGAGGACGGUGGAGGACGUAUUGGUUAGGAGGGUGGAUUCUACGGUUCAAUCGUUGAGUCAGAGUUCGGGGUAG